UUUUCGCUUUGAAAUCAAAAGUUGGCAAUUUUAGCCUAGUUUUAGGGUUUUAAAAGUUCCUGUUUGCCAUAAUGUCUCGUAUCGUUCAGAUAUGUAAAAAGAGUUUUUAUUUUUCUCGCUGAGAACACUUCAAAUCAUGGAAACUACGUGAGAAAUUGAGCCUUGCAGUUCACCUCAGCAGAAACGAUGAGUACUUUUGCGGGAAAGUUCAGAGAGUAUCCGUUGAUUUCGGCGGACAAUUUUGAAAGAGAAAACCUCGAUAGCUUGGCUUUUUUUCUUUCGCACUGCCAUAAAGAUCACAUGGUUGGAUUAGAUUCUGCAGCUUUACACCAUAGAUUAAAGACCAGCAAAACUGUAUUCCUGUAUUGUUCAGAAACUACAGAGAACUUGUUGAUGUGCAACCCAACAUACAGUCAUCUCAAAGACUAUAUUCGCAGUAUACCUGUGGACCAGCAGACAAUGGUUCCACUCGUUGAUGACAAGACAGGACAGGAAAGUUCUUUUUGUGUAACGUUGUUGCCUGCUGGACAUUGUGUUGGAUCUGUCAUGUUCUUAUUUGAGGGUCCAGGUGGGAACGUGCUCUACACAGGUGAUUUUCGUUUAUCCAAGGGAGAUGUGAAGAGAAUUUCUUUCUUUCAUACCAAAGAAGGAAUUAAAGACAUCAAAAGCAUUUACAUUGACACAACAUUUUGUCUGCCAAGAAUGAAGAGCCUGCCUAGUCGGCAACAGAGUAGAGAUGCUGUCAUAAACCUCAUAGACAGGUGGUUUUCAAGAGGUCCUGAAUAUGCUGUUAGCCUGUUAUGCAAAGGAAUGUAUGGAUUUGAAUAUUUAUUGAAGGAAAUAGCCAUGAAUUAUAGAACAAAGAUCCAUGUCAGUGCUGAACGGCUGGCCAUGUACAGAUAUCUGCCGGACAUGACUCCUUAUUUCACAACUGAUGGUCAAUCUACUAAGAUACAUGCAUGCAAGUGGCAGGCCAACCAAAGGUGUGACUCAGACCUCCCUUGUGGUUCUUCAGUUCAUCCCUCUCUCAAGACAAAGGUUCUGCGUAUAAAGCCAACAACCAUGUGGGUAGCACGUAGUACAGAACCAAUGCCGGAGGAUUUCAAAAGGUAUGACAAGGGGAAAAGGCUCUGGAGAGUUGUUCAUUCAAUGCAUGCAUCAAUGGAAGAGAUCGAGGAUUUAGUAGGCUACUUAAGGCCUUAUCAUGUUUUCCCCAAUGUACCGCCAGCAGGACUGGACACAUUAGAAGAUGCUUUUGAAAGACUGAAGGGCCUUACUCGCAUUCAAGAUUGUGAUUCCUGUAACCAAGACGAGUCUGUUGAGGAGAGAUUCAAACAACACGCUGUUCAUCUCAGCGGAGAGGGUGUCACUAAAGACAAAAAAUCAUUAGAGGAGAAAGCUGCCUUGAGAAAGAUUCAGCUUUGCGCCCCACCAAAGCCUGACGAGAGGGUCAUUGCCCAGUGUAAGGAGCUGGGACUAAUUGAUGACGAGAACCUCACACCACCUCCAAAACGACGUAGAAGCAGACGUCAAGGUAUAGCUCUGGAGGAGAAAACCACUGUGCCACAGGACACCCAAGGAAGCUCUUCCAGAAAGGUCAUCAUAAGCGUGUCACAGGAAAUUCAAGGGAACUCCCUCGCUGGAGUAAACACAACAAUACAACAGCAAUCUAAUGAGAAAUCUUUUGGUGAAGUCACCACUGUUUCACCGCAAACCCACGGGGAAUCAUCUAAAGAUGUUGAUAGAAGUGUGUCACAGCACGCCCACACUAACGGAUACGAGAUCAUAACAGAAGGAAAACCCAUGAUUUGUCCAAAAGUUGAAGAUGUCCAAGACAGACCGACGGAAUUUUACGAGAAUUCAUGUUGUCCUCCUAAAACUGGAAAGAAAGCUGAGGAUGAAAAACCAGCGGAAUGUAAAGUAUCUGAAGUUUUGAGCAACACAGUUGUCUUGGAACGUACUAGUCAUGGUCAAAAAUCUUUAGAUGGUAUUGCUUCUAAUAAAAUUGACCACAAUCGUACUUCGGACACGGGGAUGACAUCGAGUAUUCCAGUCUCAGUUGUAGAGCUUUCAGGGUCAGAUGAAAACUAUGACCAGGGACCAGUGGGUGGGGAGCCAAGAUCGAAAGCAGACUUUGAUAUCCCUCCCUCCCCGGGGCAUGUAAAACCACUCCCAGACAAGCUGUCUGCGAUUCACAAACUGCUAGGAAAUGGCGAAUCAACGUCGAUUACAAAUAUACUCAAAUUUUGAGUCGGAAGUACGUCAAAUCUCAUCGAUAACUAUUUUUUUUCUUUGUUCAAUUUUUUUCUGGCAAUUUUUACGAUAAACUAAGACCAGAAAAAUAAGUCGUAUGCAUACGGCUCAUCUACGAAAGUAACCUUAAUUUUGUAAAAGCCUGCUUCUCUAUCUACACAUGAAGUCACCUUCUGAAUAUAUGGACGUUUUUAGGGACUUGUUAUAGAAGAAAAAAGGAAUCAAUAUUGCAAAUAUAUUUCUUAUUGCCAUCUUCUGUUUUAGACAUGCAACACAUACCCAUUUUUUUGACAGCAAAACGGAACCAUUAUCAGUACUACCAAAAAAUUAUCGCUAUAAGCUUCCCGAUCAGCCGUCGUUUGAUUAAGUCACCCAUUCGCCUCCUCUCCAUUGUUUUUCUGAACAGCAUAAAAGAAAUAGUUUAGGUGCUUUUUAAUUAUGUCUUUAAGGAUAGCCACACAACACGUUACACUCCCUAAUGUGUACGUAACGACUAAGAAAAGAGUUUUAAAGAAAAUAAGUUUUGCUAGAACAAAUGCUACUGCUGUUGCCAAAGGAGAUUAGUUAAUAUGUUAUUUAUUUAUUUAUAUAGGAAUUUAUCACAGCUUAGUUUUCGCAUUGCAUUACUUUACAUCAAUUUAAUAUAAAUUUAGAGAUAUUUACAGAGUCGUAGAGAUUUUAGUCUCUUAUUAUGGCACUUGUUAGAUUUUAACGAAAAUGUUAUCUAAGUAUGAGUCACAAUGCUUAUUCAGGUAUCAACUUAAUUGAUUUCGGCAAUGCUCGCUACACCUUGCGGAUCAAUGUCAUAUUUAAUAUUUAAUUAUUUAUGAUAGUAAAUUAAUUCAUAUAUAAUUUACUAUCAUUUUAAUUUAUGAAAAUUUAUGUAGAUUGUUCUAAUACGUCACACAUUGAAUAUAUAUUUAUCGAUUAUUAUCAUCAUGAUUAUGAUUGUCGCUUUCAUUAUUAUCUACAAGAAAGUUCAUCGUGUAUUAUAUUUGAUGUGUUCCCGUAUGGCGCCAUAGUAUAAUUUAACCCCCACUAAGCAGCACCUAAAUAGCAAAGCUUGUUGACAAUUGAGUUUAUUUGGGAUGGGCCUGGCAAAAACCAACCCAAAACACUGUGCGACAGUACAAAAUCUACAAGAGCUUAAUAUGUGAAUUAGGUAAAGUAAAUUGAUAUGAGUGUUGGUCCUGAAGUGGUAUAACACUCUAUCACGGCUACUUGGGUGACUUCCAUGCAGAACUUGCCGUUAUCUGCGCAAUCUUUCCGUCCCACUGCCAGUUAAGCUGGGAAAUCAACUACUAUGAACUUAAAUCUAAAAAUAAACCUACGUGUAUGAUGAAUCAUGCCAGUUGGACUGUUUAGGCCAUUGGGCUGAUGAACCUGUAAAUCAAAUAAACCUGGCAUACAAAUACCA